AGACCAACCUGUUACAGCUCCUGUCCUCUAAUCUUCAUCAGCAAGGAAGACACAAGAGAUCCUGGAUAAGUAGAGAUUGUUUUGCAGGAAGAUCUUUGCACCAAGGGCUCUUCUUUUAUUCCCCUUUUUUUCAUAGAACCCUGUGAACUGCAAGAAAUCCCAAUGCAGUUGCCUUUGUUUCCAAUCAUCAUCAUCUUUGCAAACUUUUGCAGCCAAGGCAGUGGAAACCAGAGUGGACCUUUAAAAGUUAUCAGACCUUCGAACCUAAAAAGAGAUGAAAGCAACCUCCUUACCAAACUGUACCGGAAAGAAGAAAACAUUAAUGUUGUUGGAAAUGGUUGUAUAAGUAGUCCACGGUUUCCGAACAGCUACCCAAGGAACCUACUACUUACCUGGAAACUUAACUCUGGAGAGAACACAAGGAUACAGCUUACUUUUGACAAUCAGUUUGGAUUGGAAGAACAAGAAAAUGAGAUAUGCAGAUAUGAUUUUGUGGAGGUGGAAGAAGAUUCUGAAACAAGCACAGUUGUUCGUGGACGGUGGUGCGGACACAUGGAGCUUCCACCAAGACUUCUAUCCAAGAAGAAUCAAAUAAAAAUCACGUUUAAAUCAGACGAUCAUUUUGUGGCUAAGCCGGGUUUCAAGAUUUGUUAUUCUCUUGUGAAUGAUUUUCCACCAGCUGCAUCGGAGACAAACUGGGAGUCCGUGACAAGCUCUGUCUCAGAAGUCUCCUAUCAUUCACCUUCAGCGACUGAUUCCACUCUUACAGCGGAAGCCCUUGACCAGACUAUUGCUAUGUUCGACACUGUUGAAGAGGUGCUUAAACACUUCAAUCCAGAUACAUGGCAAGUUGACCUCGAAAAUCUGUAUACAGACACAUCACAAUUUCGAGGAAGAACUUUCCAAGAAAAAAAAUCUAAAGUAAAUUUGGACAGGUUGAACGAUGAUGUGAAACGCUACAGUUGCACUCCAAGAAAUUUCACGGUGAAUUUAAGAGAAGAACUAAAGAUUACCAACGCGGUGUUUUUUCCCCGCUGCCUGCUUGUUAAACGCUGUGGGGGAAGUUGUGGAUGCGGGACGCCAAACUGGAGAUCCUGUACCUGUACCUCAGGAAAAACGGUCAAAAAGUACCAUGAGGUGCUGAAGGUAAUUCCGGAACCGGGAUACAACAAGAAAAAGAAUAAGACCAAGAGCAUGGCCAUCGUAGAUAUCCAGCUUGAACAUCACGAGCGUUGUGAUUGCAUUUGCAGUUCCAGACCACCCCGAUAAGAAGCAAACAUUGGGUUUCUUCCCGUCUCCCUUUUCAGAGCUCUGUGGACUUAUGUUUUCCGGUCAAAAUAGACAGCACUAGUAAUAUAAUUUUUUUUUGCAACAAAGGGUUUUGUUUUUGUUAAAAUUGUGCUACAAAAAAGCUUUGGGCAAAAUAAAAAAAAUGUAUAGUCGUGUUGGCCAGUGCUGGAAUUAAUGCUCUAGACUAGCAAGAAAGUAAAACACAAAAAAUAAUGAUGCCAACAUAAUACGCGUUAACAUGAAAAGAAGUUUAUAUAUAAAAACCAUGAUGUAAGAA